GGCUAUUUUGCUGAUAUUUUCUGCUGCGACGACGUCCGAAAACAUAUCUGCCCGCGGCAAUCCCUUGGCUUCGGUCCGGGCUCAAUCCGGGCUUGGUCCUCUUGACCGCCAAGACCUCUUGGCACAAUCUUCCACGUCCGUGCGUCUCUCAUUCGCACGCGCCAAGCCGGGCCUUUGUUGUGCUCUAUUUGCGCGUCCGGCGCCUGUUGAGACUCCCGCUCGCUCCGGGAAUGCGCUGCUGAGACACGUCCUGGCAGUGCAGGUCCUUACCGCUUCGGUGCGCGAGGAGUACCUGUCCAGGGCACCUCGCAAUGAUGACCAGCCAAGCGAAAGAGACCUGUAUUCCUGCCCGCGGCAAUUAUGGCUCCAUCCAAGUGAUCCAGCAACCAUACAACCCACCUCAAUCGUCGAGGAGUAUACACUUGGCAGAGGGAUACCACCCGAUAUUGUGGAUUUCUCGACGGCGACGUGGAUAUCGUGCGAACGCGUUCAAGCCAUGCGCUGAACUUGGCAAGCCAUCGCCGGCCGCCAGAAGACUUCGUGUUGCUGCCACGAUAUUCUCGCACCUCUGCCAUGACAUUCUCGCGCCGCCGCCACGACGACUUCGCACUUCUCGGUUGAUCUCGUACUAUAGGUAUUUACGCCUUGGGCUAUACGGCGAUGUCAUUAUGUGCGAAUUCGUCUUACGCACCUCGGCUUUGCUUGCUGAUGUCAAUUCCAUUGCGACCAGUGCAUACUCUAGUCGCUUGCAUAGCCGAAUUGAGGUGAGGAUGUAUGCGGAGGUAUACGGCCACCCAGCGAGCGAGAGUACGACUAGCGAGGUCGUCGAGAGCGCCAACAGGCGGCCAUACAGACCGCAACUUUCUGGCGUAUAGAUUCGGGAGGCAAGUGGCAAUCCAACGCAUGCCACAAACCAUGAUUGGCCCUGGCGAGGUAAACACACAAUGAAUGAACGUGCGGGCAGUCUACCUCUUGGCGAAGUCGAGGUUGUGGGAGGCGUUGAUGACAG